AUGACCAUAGUUGACAAGACGGCCGAGUCCUCCAAGGCCUCUGCUUCUGAGAAGCAACCUUUCAACUCCGUGGCGCCAGCUUCCGGUGACAUGGACUCGGGCUCGGCAGGAUGGGUCGCUGUGUCUUCUUCGUUAGAGGCUCCAAAACACAAGAGCUCGAUGGGGCCAGUGCCGGGAGCCGCGCUGUAUUCCACUACAUCGGGACCAGAUAAAUGCAAGCCUUCCGCCAAAGAGCUGGUGAUCGGUGACGGGAUUGCGGCCCCCCAGAAAGUCCUUUUCCCAGCAGAGAAGAUUUGCUUAAAAUGGCAAAAGAUGCAUCGGGUCGGAGCUGGUCUCCAAAACCUGGGCAACACCUGUUUCCUAAACUCUGCUCUGCAGUGUCUGACAUACACCCCUCCCCUGGCCAACUACAUGCUCUCCUACGAACACUCCAAAACCUGUCACGAACAAGGAUUUUGCAUGAUGUGCACCAUGCAAGGUCACAUCAACCAAGCUCUUUCCAAUUCCGGCACCGUCAUCAAGCCGAUGUCUGUCAUAAAUGAUCUUAGACGAAUAGCAAAACAUUUCCGUUUCGGUAACCAGGAAGAUGCCCACGAAUUCCUAAGAUACACGGUUGAUGCCAUGCAGAAAGCAUGUGUGAAUGGUAGCAACAAAUUGGACAGACACACCCAGGCCACCAGUUUUAUUCACCAGAUAUUUGGAGGAUACCUCAGAUCUAGAGUAAAAUGCAUGAACUGCAAAGGUGUUUCAGAUACAUUUGAUCCCUAUUUGGAUAUUACAUUGGAAAUAAAGUCAGCUCAAAGUGUCAACAAAGCUCUGGAGCAGUUUGUCAAGCCUGAACAGCUGGAUGGAGAAAACGCGUAUAAGUGCAGCAAGUGUAAAAAAAUGGUUCCUGCAUCCAAGCGGUUUACGAUACAUCGGGCUUCCAAUGUCCUCACCUUGUCCCUCAAACGGUUUGCAAAUUUCAGCGGCGGCAAAAUCACCAAGGAAGUGAAAUAUCCUGAAUAUUUGGAUAUCCGGCCGUAUAUGUCCCAACCCAAUGGAGAACCAAUAAUUUAUGCACUUUAUGCAGUGCUCGUCCAUACCGGCUUCAGCUGUCACGCUGGGCAUUAUUACUGCUACAUAAAGGCCAGUAACGGGCAGUGGUACCAGAUGAACGAUUCCACCGUUUCCAACAGUGACAUCAGGACUGUAUUAAACCAACAAGCCUAUGUGCUGUUCUACAUCAGGACCCACGACUUGAAAAACGGUGCCGAACACAUUCAUUCGGUUCACACGCCGGGACAGUCUUCUCCCCGACCAGUUAUCAAUCAGCGGGUGCUCAGUAAUAAACAGAGUACUCCAGGAUUUAUCGGACCUCAGCUCCCUCCACACAUGGUGAAGAAUUCAAACCAUUUGAAUGGAACCGGAUCCCUAAAGGAAACCCCCAGCAGCACGGUGGCCAUUUCUACCAGCGCUUCCCUCGUCAAAUCUCCUUCGGCCCCUUCCUUGUCCAUCUCCAAGUGGACCAUGAACCGGUCAGCCACGGCCGCCGGCCCCCCGGAUUCCUCCAAGAAGCCAAAACUCACCCUCAGUAUUCACAACAACAAACUGCCCGCUCGCCAAAGCGUCUCUCACACCAGCUGCACCGUCGAGACCCUCAGCAAGCCCGCCCCUUCCUCCACCAUUUCCAACCCUUCCGCAGUGCAGUCUACCUCAAGCAGCUCCACCGUCUCCUCGGCCGCUAACCAAGUCUCCAAACCGAGCACCCCGGGCAAAUCCGGUUCCAAGCUGAUCAUGAACGGCAAGGCCAAACACAGUCCCAGCAUCCUGGUCCCUUACGGAGCGGAAUCCUCCGAAGACUCGGAGGAGGAAUCCAAAGGCCUGCUGAAGGAGAACGGCCACCUCCAAGUGCCCAACGGCAUUUUAUCGGAAAACACGGGCGGGCUGGAGAACUCCUGCUUGUCCUGCCAUAAGCCGGAGAAGGAAAGCCCCCAGCCUGAGUUGCCCCAGAACGUCUCCGUGAUGCUCUCCAUCAGCCUAAACGAGGCCCCGAAGCAGAACGGGCAAAUAAGCAACGAUUCCACCUCCCAAGGGAAGCCGGCGAAGUUGGCAGACCGCCCCUUUCCCAAAACCAACGGCUUGCCCGGAAAAGGUUCUCCAAAAGCUCUGUCCUCCGUCCCUGAAGAGGAAGUCUCCGAUUCCCUCCGAUACAAGCAGUCGAAAACCUUGCCCGGGGACUCCAGUGCUCCUGAGCCAGAGAAAUCAACGGCCGAGGAUGCUUCUGAAAAGGCCCCCGAUGCCCUUCCCAACAGUAUCCCAAGCCCGGGAAUACUUUUGGACCCCGACGUCACUUCAACCACGGAAGACCCUUGUGAAAGAAUUGCCCAGACGGAAAACAGACCGCUGGAGAACGACCAGCAGCACAGUCCCCCAGCAAGAGAAGAAGCCCCCACCUGCCCUGGAGAAGGGGAUGCUCAAGUCCUUCCUGAAAGGGCAGGUGUAUCCAAAGAGGAGAAAGCAGCUUCAGAGACGAGUCCUGAGCCUGUUGAAGGACAGGCAGGGCCACCAGAAAAAGACACCCAGAGCCCCCAGAUGAGGUUGGACGGUGAAUCUAGGCCCCAAAAGCUAAAGACCCCCCUAAACGCGCCCGAGACAGGUCCUGAAUUCCAGGGCAGCCCUCUGAGCAGUAAAGACGCCCCUUGUACCGAGAAUUCCCCCCUUCCCCAACCCAAAAUUGUUGCCGAGAACCAGUGUUCAAAGACGGAGAGCAAACCGGCAGACGGCAACGAGCCAGUCCGAAGAAGCCUCGAAAAGCCGGGCCCGAGAUCCUCCCCGAAGGAGAAAGCCCACAGUUACAAAAAAACUGACCAAGAACAUUAUCGUCCUAAAAGGAAACGUUCCGAAAAUGAGGAAGAUGAAGAGGAGGAGGAGGCCGAGCCCGACGGGGCGGGUGGGAGGAGCCAGCCCGAAGGACACUGCAGCAAGCAGAGGUGCGCUUACAGUAGGGAGCGGGUGAAGCAGCAGGACCAGCCCCGACGGGAAUACCACGGCACCAGCUACUACAGGUUCCCAGGCAGUCCCGAUCCCGCCAGGAGUUUAGGGAAGUAUCCUCCCUACCAAUCCCGCAGCCGGGGCAAAACGGACUCUGAGCGGAGCAGGCCCAGUUACGGGAAAGGAGGAGAGAGGUCGUGGAGCAGGGAGAGGUACUACCAGGAGACGCCGAGGAGGUGGGACGCGUGCCGCUCGUACAGUUACUAUUACUCGGCUUCCCACCUGCCCCGGCAUAACCAGGAGAGGAAGCCGACGCAUUCCGAGAGAGACUAUAACAAGUCGAGUCAUGUUUACAGUAGCCCCUACGAUAAAUACGAUUAUUACAAAAGCCGGUCGAACCACGACCAGGAUAGGAAAAGGCCCGAGGCCAGCGACUGCACCCCCGAAAAGAAACACCCCAAACUCUUGUCGGAGAGUUCUCCCGACGAACAAAAGGGAAGGAAGCGGAAGAAGUCGAAGAAGAAGAAAAAGUUGAAAGACAAACACAAAGAGAAAGAUGCCAGGCAUCGCCAAGAUUCCGACCCGUCUCCCUCCAACUCCGAGGCCGAGACCCACAAACACAAACACAAGAAAAAGAAGAAGAAGAAAAAGAAGAAGCACGCGAGGAAAUCGGAAGACUGCGACCAAGGCCCUGCCCCUCCUUCCCUCCCCAAGCCGGCCGCCCUGCAAAUCAAGAAUCUCAAAAGCUGGGAGACGACGCCCAAACCGCCUUUGGAGGCUUGUCGGAAACACGGCGCGACGACGUCUUGCAAAGAAACUCCGGCCGUUUGGCGGAAAUCAAAAGCCCUGGAGAGGAGCAACAGGGACGGCGGCUUCAAUCCACUGAGAGAUCAGAACAGUGGUAAGUAA